AUCCUCUCCAUAUGUUUUUGUAGAGUGAAGAUGAACGAAGAGACUGUGUGUGCAGUACAACUUGGAGACAAUUUCUGCCUCUAUUUUGCAGAUGAUGAUGGGCUGGAGUGCGAUGCCCUCUGUAAGGAAAAAACUCUCCACCGAGUCCUUCGAAAUGUAAAUAGCCAGUUGCUUGUGGUUCGACCAGAUUUAAACAUGGCAGCUUUUGAAGACGUGACAGAUCAGGAGAUGAAAUCUGGCAAGGGAAUGCACUUCAACAUUCACUAUUACAAAACUACUACACCUUCAGCAGGGAUGCCUGUUGCAUUCAGCAUCCAGGUAGAAGAUAAAAGUUAUUACAUGUGUUGUGAGAAGGAAUGUGGAAAAAUGACAAUUCGAUUUAGAGAAGGAGAAGUUCCCAAUGACAUUCCUGGUGAAAGUAACAUAAUCUUUUUCAAAAAGACAUUUACAUCUUGCAGCUCCAGAGCAUUUAAGUUUGAAUACUCACUAGAACAAGGAAUGUUCUUGGCCUUUGAGAAAGAAGGCUACUUAAGAAAAUUAAUUCUGAAAAAGCUGACAAGAGAAGAUGAAGUGGAUGAAACCAUGAAGAUAAGUUUCUAACUUCAAUCAGAAUGAAAGUCAUAACCUAUGACAUACUGUAACAGUCUUAAAAUAUAUUCUGGCUUUUUAUUAAAGAAAUAUUAUUUCCUUAUCUGA